UUCCCCUCUGUGUGCUCCAGACGGUGUCCGUGCUCUUAUUGUGAAAGCGCCAACAGGAAGCGUGUGUAGUCAUUGUGCUCCGGUGCUCCUGCAGCCUCCUCCUCCUGCUCCUGCUGCUCCUCCUGUGGUCGCCAUGGUGCAGAUGAUGGAGUCGCAGUGUGAGUACUUCAUGUAUUUCCCGGCGGUGCCGAUCAGCGACCUGUCGGACCCGGCCCGCUACCGCAGCCUGCCCCGCCGCAGCCACCUCUACCUGGGGGAGACAGUCCGCUUCCUCCUGGUGCUGCGCUGCCGGGAGGCGGCAGCCACUCCGCCGGAGCACGGGGGCGUCGAUGGCGCUGCAGCUGGUUUCGGGACGGAGUCGGCCAGCAGCCGGGCGUGGAGGGAGCUGGCCGGCUCGCUGUGCGCCGUGGCCAGCGUGAGUCCAGGCGAGAGCAGCCGGCACCGCGGCAACCACCACCAGCAUCACCACGACUACCAGAGCAGCGGCGACGAGGCCAACGAGGACGGCGAGGAGGACUACAUCGCCGCCGCGGAGGCAGCCAUCGCCGCGCUCGGCAGCAGGGUCGACUCCCGCUGCCGCAGCUUCAGGGACUGUAAACCGCUGCUCAUACACAACUCAUCAGGGACGGCAGCCAGGGAGUUCCGCAGGGCGCCGGUUCAGUCUCCUCUGGACGAGCCGGUGGUUCUGACGGAUGAAGUGAUCUUCCCUCUCACCGUCUCUCUGGACAAACUCCCCGUCAGCACCCUGAAAGUCAAGGUGAUGGUCACCGUGUGGAAGAAGGAGGCGGAGAAGGCGGAGGUCCAGGAGCUCGGCUACCUGAGUGUCCUGCAGCAACGAGAGCCGACACAAACCUUCAGACACGACCUGAACACCUUCAAGGCCCAGGUGAGCACCACUCUGACCGUGCUGCCUCCACCGACCCUGCGCUGUAAGCAGAUGACCGUUUCUGGGAAACACCUCGCCGUCCUCAAAGUGCUGAACGAGUCUUCUCAGGAGGAGGUGAGUGUUCGGGACGUUCGGAUUCUCCCGAACCUGAACGCCUCGUACCUCCCCAUGAUGCCCGACGGCUCCGUGCUGCUGGUCGACAACGUCUGCCAUCAGUCCGGCGAGGUCGGCAUGGCGUCUUUCUGCAGAGUCGACAGUCUCGCCUGCAAACUUCCCAGCAUGCUCAGCGCUCUGGAGGAGCACGACUUCCUGUUCCAGCUGCACCUCAACGACAUGCCGCAAGACGACUCCAACGAGGGUCUGGAGGUUCCUCUGGUGGCCGUGCUGCAGUGGUCGACUCCCAAGAUGCCUUUCACCAACUGUAUCUACACCCACUACCGGCUGCCCAGCCUCCGUCUGGACCGGCCGCGGUUCGUCAUGACGGCGAGCUGUCCCAGCACGGUGAAGGUGAAGGAACACUUCAAGGUCAAAUACGUUCUGCUCAACAACCUGCAGGACUUCCUGGCUGUUCGUCUGGUCUGGACGCCAGAGGGGCGGGGCCAGUGUGAUGACUCCUCCCUCUCGGCGGUCGUCUGUCACUCUCCUCUCAGUAACCUCGGUCACUGUCGGAGAGGCAGCACGCUGUCCUUCAGCGUGGCCUUCCAGAUCCUCAAACCAGGCCUCUACGAGCUCAGUCAGCACAUGAAGCUGAAGCUUCAGUUCACGGCGUCGGUGUCCAACCCGCCGCCGGACGCCCGGCCGCUGUCACGUAAGAACAGCCCGUCCAGCCCGGCCUUCAGGGACCUGCUGGACCGGCACCAGGCCAGUCUGGGUCGAUCCCAGUCCUUCUCCCACCAGCAGCCGUCCAGAUCCCACAUCAUGAGGACGGGCAGUGCCAUGGAGCGGCGGGCCAUCACCCCCCCCGUCGGCUCUCCGGUGGGUCGACCGCUCUACCUUCCUCAUCAGGACAAAUCGCUGCUGUCACUGGACAAGAUCGCCAAGCGGGAGUGUAAGGUCCUCGUGGUGGACCCGGUCAGCUAGGAGGGAGGAGGCAAGGAGGGAAGGAAGGAAGGAAAGAAGAAAAGGAAGGAAGGAGGUGUGACAGACUUUCUUGUAUUUGAAUCUUAAUCAGAGAAAAAGACCAAACGAACAAAAAACAUCUGAACAAGAGUUCACAUGAACGCUGCCUGGAGAUUGAUUGAUUGAUUCAUUCAUUUAUAUUUAUUUAUUUAUUUAUACGUAUGUAUUUAUAUGUAUUUGUUUAUUUUUAUUUAUUCAUUUAUUUAUUUAUUUAUGUAUAUAUUUAUAUAUUUUUAUUUAUGUGUGUAUUUAUGCAUUUAUUUAUUUUUAUUUAUUUAUUUAUUUCUAUGUAUUUAUUUAUUUAUAUCUGUAUGUUUUUAUUUAUUUAUAUUUAUUUCUGUAUGUAUAUAUUUAUGCAUUUAUUAUAUGUAUGUAUUUAUAUGUUUUUAUUAUUAUUAUUUUGAUUGAUUGAUUGAUUGAUUGAUUGAUUGAUUGAUUGAUUGAUUGAUUGAUUGAUUCAUGUAUGUAUUUAUUUAUUUAAAGCCCUGUUGUGAUCUGUCUGAGAUGAAGCUUCAGAAGUUACAGACGACGAUAAAUCUCAUUAAUAGUUAUUAAUUUAAGCAGAAACCAGAAGAACAAAGAUCCAGAGUGUUCUCUCUCUCCUCUAACGUCAUAUUUAAUGUUUCAUCAUGUUUGUUUGUUUGUUUGUUUGUUUGUUUGUUUGUUGAGACGUCGAGGAGAAACUUCAGUGUUAUUAUCAUCAUCUCAGUAUCAAUAAACUGGAUCCAUCAACAUUAACGUUACUAAA